CUCGCUUAAAGGCAGUGAUGACGAAUAUUUACACACACACGAAGAAAGACAAGACAGUUGUCUUUCAGUGAUUUUAUUUAUUUUGAACUUUUCAGUUACUGCUGAACUGUAAUGGUCUCUAAAAUUCCAUCUUUCCGUUGAAAUUGAGCGUAGUAGGGCACUGACAAAGUGUCGCUUGACCUAAUUUGGUUCACUUCAUUGCGUAAAUUCACAGGUGGGCCCCCGUCAUGUCAAGGUUUGAAAUUUUGUUUUCGUAAAAUUCUAACAUAACGAACGCCUAGUCCCACAUUUUGUGGCUGCUCUUUUCGUCGUUCUUCGAUAUCUUCAGCUUAAGUCAAUGCUUGGGAUGACCGUCAUGGCAGUAUCUAUCAAUGAAAUAUGCGAAAAUACAAAAUUGGCAAGAGAGAUGGCUCUAAUGGGGAACUAUGAAACUUCUGGGGUUUACUACCAAGGUGUUGUUCAGCAAAUGCACCGAUUACUUCAAACCAUUGCUGAUCCAACGCGGAAAGGAAAAUGGCAGCUGGUUCAACAACAGAUUGCACAUGAAUAUGAACAAGUAAAAACCUUAACCAACACAUUGCAAUUGUUUCGUUCUGACUCGCAUACCGACAGACCUCUUGCGUCUGUAAUACGAAGCCAGCCAUAUGAAGAACCCACAAGAGAUGCAGCAGUUUCUUGGUUCAAUUCAGGUCCAAAAGAUCCGGAUGUUUGGCCCCCUCCUCCAGAUAGGGAUCCUGAUGUGUGGCCCCCUCCAACACCUGUAGAACAUAAAAAUGCACCUCCCAUUAAGCCUUUAAGAGGUGGACCUCAACGAAAGGGUGCAGAAAGCAAGAGAGGUUCAGUUUCAAAUCAAUCUUCCAAAGGAGCUGUUGCUGGAAAGAAAACAAAUCCUCACGAUUCCAAACCUGUGAAAAGAGAUGGCAGACCUGUAACCGGACGUAAGGAUAGCAAGGUGCGCUCUGACACUAACAGCCCUCCUGAAGAGAAGACUGAAAAAGAUAAAAAUGAGGUUGAAGAAAAGAAAUUUGAUGGCUCUGGGCCAGACCAUGAGCUUGUGGAAUUACUUGAGAGGGACAUUGUUCAGAAGAAUCCUAAUAUUCAUUGGAAUGAUAUUGCUGAUCUCCAUGAGGCUAAGCGGUUGCUGGAAGAAGCUGUAGUCUUACCUAUGUGGAUGCCAGAUUUUUUCAAGGGUAUUCGAAGACCGUGGAAAGGUGUGCUCAUGGUUGGGCCACCUGGUACAGGAAAAACAAUGCUUGCGAAGGCAGUGGCUACAGAAUGUGGUACAACUUUCUUUAAUGUGUCAUCUUCUACUUUGUCAUCAAAAUAUCGAGGAGAGUCAGAAAAACUUGUGAGACUUUUAUUUGAAAUGGCAAGAUUUUAUGCUCCAAGUACCAUAUUUGUUGAUGAGAUUGACUCAUUGUGUUCUAGAAGAGGAUCAGAAAGUGAGCAUGAAGCGUCAAGGCGAGUUAAAUCAGAACUUCUUGUGCAAAUGGAUGGGAUUAGUUCAAACAGUGAAGACCCUAGUAAAGUGGUUAUGGUCCUAGCUGCAACUAAUUUCCCAUGGGACAUUGAUGAAGCUCUACGGAGACGACUGGAGAAACGAAUAUACAUUCCCUUGCCUACUACUGAAGGAAGAGAAGCCCUUCUAAAAAUCAAUUUGAAGGAAGUUAAGUUGGACCCAGAUGUUAACUUAGGUGAUAUAUCAAGAAAGCUAGAGGGGUACUCCGGAGCUGAUAUUACAAAUGUUUGCAGAGAUGCUUCUAUGAUGUCAAUGCGGCGAAAGAUAGCAGGGUUGCGACCAGAACAAAUUCGAACACUUGCCAAGGAGGAACUUGAUCUCCCUGUGACUUUCCAAGAUUUUGAAGAAGCCAUAUCUAAAUGUAAUAAAAGUGUGUCUCAAGAUGACUUGGACAAGUAUGAAAAGUGGAUGAGUGAAUUUGGAUCAAGCUGAUAGGUGUUCAGUUAGUGAUAUGAAAAUCAUUUGGGCUUUAAUUUAGUACCAAUGAUUCAGGGUGGCUCUUUAAUUUUAGGUUGACAAAUCACAAUGUUAUUCUUUUAGUCUGUUAAGCACGGAGGAUUUUCCUCUGUGUGAAACUAAUGUGAUUGGGAUUGAUUUCUUAUCCUUGUAAUAAUUCUUCUUUUAGAAUUAUCGAAACACAGUACUUAAGAAUGUAUUUGUUACAUGUAAUACUAAUGAGUUAAUUUUUGUUGCAUUGUUAGGUGUUGUUACGAGUCUUUGUUUGAAUGUACUUAAUUUAUUUUUAAAAGAAACUUUAACAAAUUAAUUCCAGUAUCACAAACUGGAUUGAUUUUGGUCAUCAAAGAUUGAUCUAUAUUUUUUUGAGUUUUGGCAAUGAAAACUUUUUACUCAGUUGCUCAGAGUCUUUACUGGUAUUAUCAAUUUUUUUUUUUAAUGGUCGGGUGCUCAAAGUCAUUCCAGUUUGCAAUCUCAGCAUGCAUUUAGCAGUUAUCAACGCUGGAUUUGAAAGACUGUUGUAAACCACAUGUGUUAGGUAGACAUAUAAGAUAUUCAAAAUAGCUGGUUAUCUAUGAGGGGCACAAUGUUCAGGUUCAGACAUAUUCAGAUUUUCUUUGAAAUUUAUGUUGCAAUGUUAAUUUAUUGAUCUAUUUAACUUAUUUUGUGUAGAAGAGAUUUCUUCUUUUAAUUUCUGAUAGUACAGCUCACAAAAAUACUAAGAUUUUCUGUCUAGAUAUUUUUUGAAUGCUCGUUAAUUAAUUUGUGAAUGGUCUUAUUGACAACUAACUGAGAAUUUGAAAAAAUAUUCAAUUGGAAUGUUGUGUUGAAGUUGACAGGGUUUACUCUUCUAUCUUAACAAUUUCUUAAAAUAGUUUUCUGAAAUUGAGAAAUGAAGACUUAGUUCUUAAUUUUGAAACACAUUUUUUUAUGACUCAAUUGACUUGUUUGUAGUGGUGGCAAAGUUGGGUAGCUUGAGAUUGGGUGCCUAUUUGUUUUGUAAAAAGAUAAAAAGCCUCUUGAUGGAAAAGAUCUAAUAAAUUCUUGUUCCCAUUA